CAAAAAAGACUUUUACCAACUUCUCGAGAGUUAAUAUCGGGGAGCGGAUCAAGUAGCGGUCAAGAAGCGAACAAGAAAGAACAGCUGUGCAGUAGCAAACCCCUUCGUAAAGCAGACAAUCAUGUCCACCCCUCACUCCAACCGUCGUCGCGCCUGCUUCGUCUGCGGUCGCCUGGGCCACCUGGCAGACUCGUGCUCCUCCCCCGCUCGCCUCUGCUUCGUCUGCGGCGAGCCCGGCCACGAGUCGUCCGCCUGCCCUAACCCGCGCACCGACGACAACAAGCAAUGCUACCGCUGCGGCGGCACGGGCCAUAUCAAGGCCAACUGCAGCCAGCCCCCCGCCUCAGCCAACGCUGGCGGCGCAAACGCUGCUGCCGCUGGCGCUGGUGGAGCCCCAGUAGCGGCCAAGGCCUGCUUCACGUGCGGUGGACCCCACCUUGCCCGUCAAUGCCCGCAGGGACCUGGUGCCGGGGCCCCUCGUAGCGCCGCAGGGAUCACCUGCAGGGCGUGCGGUGGCGCCAACCACUUUGCAAGGGACUGCAGGGCCGCCCCUGGCGCCGCUGCGGGACGUAUGGGUGGUGCUGCCCCGCGUGGCCCUAAGCUCUGCUACCGCUGCCAGGCGCCGGACCACGUUGCGAGGGAGUGCCCGCAGUUCGCUGACCCGCCUGCUCCCACUAGCGCUGCCGCUGGUGGUGCGGGAGCUGCGCCUGUUGUCGCUUGAAGUGGGCAUGGCGUGAAGAUGGGAGGGAGGAGCGACCCGAGUGUAGGUGUAGGGGAGGUUCGAGUGGCGAUCCACGCAGCGAUGUCCUGCAGGGCUCACGACUGGUGGGCCCUUUCGUGCACGCGCCACUGUUAUCAUUAUUAUGCUUAAUACUCCACGAAAAAGUCCUCUUGCUCGCUCUACGAACAGGCCGCUUGGCUCGUGUGAUAUGGUAUCUGAUCUGAUCUAUUCGCUGUCGUGACGUCUUGCUUCGCAUCUUCUAACCCUACUCUACCGCACUGCUCGAGGAUCGCCGCCUGCCCCUCGCUC